CUGCAGACUCGCACGGUUGAUCACCUGUUCCUCCCUGUGAAGGAAUAGACACAGCAGGGUCACAGUGAACAUUGGUAUAAAGUAAAUAAAUAAUCUGUCGAAGGAUAAAGAUAUAUUUGCAGUCUAUUAAGCUAUGUGCGACGCAUGCUGUUGUGUGUUCCCCACUUCAGUGGAGACUGCACAUUCAUUCUGGCAGAACUGAGCCUGAAAUUGAUGUCGGCUUUUGAAUUUUGGACGUAAAGCUCAGGUACACUUGCACACUGACAACAGAAUGGCACAGCAGACAAGUGUGGGGGACCUUCUUCAUCUACUGAAGUCCUCAGAACUCCAGGUGCUAGAAGAUGUCAAACUAUGCAUCACUGAUAACCUUAACACAGAACGAGGGUCCUGUCUUUUAAGUAGUCUUGUGGACUUUUAUCUGGAAACGUCAUCUCUGGAGGCACUGAACAUUCUGUCAUCAGUAAGAGAGCCACAUGACAAGCACCUUUUGGAUAAGAUGAAUGAAUGCCUGAGCAAACCUGCUACGCGUCUAAACACCCUUAUCUUGCUGGGUCAUAUAAUCCGACGUCAGCCAUCUUGGAUACACAAGAUUUCUCAAGCCCCAGUACUGGUAUCUCUACUCAAGUGUCUUAAGUGCACCGUUGAGAUCUGUGGGGACAGUAAUUGCCACAACAAAGUGGAAGAUUAG